UUGCACUGUUGUGCUGCUUAACACCCGCUCAAACAGUCAAGCACACGUAUUGAAUGCCUGCAGGAAAACUGUAACUUCUCUCGCACUCAACGGAGACGGUAAACUUUUGGCUACCGGCGAAUGCGGUCAUAUGCCGAACGUUCGUGUUUGGGAUAUUUCCGAUCCAUACAAUGCCGUGCAAAUUGCUGAAUUUUCGGGACAUAAGUAUGGUAUUAACUGCGUGGCUUUUUCACCCAGCAACAAAUACGUUGUAUCUGUCGGUUCACAGCAUGACAUGAUUGUCAAUGUUUGGGAUUGGCGAAACAAUGUUAAAAUAGCAUCCAAUAAAGUUUCGAGUAAGGUGAAAGCUGUUUGUUUCGCGGAAAAUGGCAAUUAUUUCGUCACCGUGGGUAACAGGCAUGUCAAGUUUUGGUACUUGGAGUACUCACGUAGUGCCAAGUACAAAGAACCCGUGCCUUUGAUGGGUCGAUCUGCUAUAUUGGGAGAGCAAAGGAAUAACGAUUUUGUUGAUGUAACUUGUGGUAGAGGAGAAAUGGCGGAUUCCACAUAUGCGAUUACCAAAACAGGCCUCUUAUGCGAAUUUAAUAAUAGGAGGCUCUUAGACAAAUGGGUUGAACUUCGAACGAAUAGCGCCAAUUGUAUGGCGAUCGGAGAUAAAUAUAUUUUUAUUGGAUGCGCCGAAGGUAUUGUAAGAUGUUUUAGUCCUAGCACACUUCAAUUUAUUACUACGCUACCAAGGACACAUUAUUUGGGAGUCGACGUUGCACAAGGAUUAUCUAUCAGCCAUAUGUCUCAGCAUCCGGUUAACGCAAGGUAUCCAGACGCGAUCGCACUUGCGUUUGACGAACGAAAUAAUAAGCUGACCUGUAUAUACAAUGACCACAGUAUCUACGUUUGGGACGUGAGAGAUAUUAAACGAGUCGGAAAGUCGCACUCGUUCUUAUACCACUCCGCUUGUAUCUGGGGUGUCGAGAUGUAUCCAACCGAUUCAGAUUCCCUCGGUGCGAUGCCAUCCGGAAGUUUUAUCACUUGCUCGAGCGAUGACACGAUAAGGGUUUGGAAUUUAGAAAAGGACUGCUCGCCCAAUGAGACUAUAUACAAGCGAAAUAUUUACAGCAACGAAUUGCUCAAGGUCUUAUAUGUGGAUCCAGAAUUGACUUAUCUAAAGGAUCUGGAUCUGGCUGCCGCAGGAUCCACCGAGAAGAACGACGCAUCCUAUGAUGGUCGAAAUGGUGUGAGAUCGAUAAGGGUCUCUCCUGAUGGCAAACAUCUGGCUUCUGGAGAUAGAUCCGGCAAUAUCAGAAUUCACGAUAUUUCUUCUCUGGAAGAGUUGUGUUUAAUAGAGGCGCACGAUGCUGAGGUGUUGUGUCUGGAAUAUUCCAAGUUUUUGCGACACUCACUAGACGCUCCUCGGUUGUUGGCAAGCGCAUCUCGUGACAGACUAAUUCAUGUUUUUAGCGUCGAUCAAGGAUACAAUUUUUUGCAGACACUCGACGAUCAUAGCUCUUCCAUUACCGCAGUCAGAUUUUUUAAUCAAUCAAAUCAGGUUAAUCAGAUACAAAUGGUGUCCUGUGGUGCGGAUAAAAGUAUUAUUUUUAGACAAUUGCAAUCGACACCAGGUGGUAUGCCACAAUUUGCUAGAGGCCGCAACGCUCAGGGAAAAACUACUCUAUAUGACAUGGAGGUCGAUUCUGGACAGAAGCACGUAUUAACUGCCUGUCAAGAUAGGAAUAUUCGAGUCUACAAUGUUACCACGGGUAAACACAGCAAGACUUUCAAAGGUUCCGUUAGUGAUGAUGGUUCACUGAUUAAAGUAGUCUUAGAUGCGUCUGGUAUUUAUGUAGCUACCUCAUGUACAGACAAAACGUUAUGUGUGUACGAUUAUUAUAGCAGCGAGUGUAUGGCUACUAUGGUUGGCCAUUCGGAAUUGGUGACAGGUUUGCGCUUCAGUCCAGAUUGUCGUCAUCUUGUGUCCGCAAGUGGCGAUGGCUGUGUAUUCGUGUGGCGUGUCCCGCAUGAUAUGGUCGUGACUAUGCAGGCUCGUUUAGCCCAGCAAGCGAUGCGUGCCGGCAAGUCAGUAAUUUCUUUUCUUCUAUGUUUAUAAAUAAUAUUGAUAUAUAAAUAAUCUUAACUCUAUAAAGACACGAACUUUCUAAAGUAAAGGUUGAUUUUAAGAUCUGCACAUUGAAAAUAAAUGUAUAUUGACUUAUGUUCAAAUUUUUUUUAAAUAUGUGAAUUUUUUAAAAAAUUUAUGGCUUUUAUAAUAUUGAGUACAAUCUCUAAUGCUAA